CAGCCAGACGAGCACCCUGUAAAGACUGCCAGGCAAUAAUGAAGGUUCUUUUACUGAAAGACUCUGAGGAGGACGACUGUGGCCAGGAUCCCUACAUCAGGGAAUUAGGAUUAUAUGGACUCGAAGCCACUUUGAUCCCUGUUUUAUCAUUUGAGUUUUUGUCCCUUCCCAGUUUUUCGGAGAAGCUGUCUCACCCUGAAGGUUACGGGGGCCUCAUUUUUACCAGUCCCAGAGCAGUGGAAGCAGUGGAGCUGUGUUUGGAGAAAGACAAUAAAACCGAAGUCUGGAGAAAGUCUCUGAAAGAAAAAUGGAAUGCUAAGUCAGUGUAUGUGGUGGGAAAUGCUACUGCUUCUUUAGUGAAUAAAAUUGGCCUGCAUACAGAAGGAGAAAACUGUGGAAAUGCAGAAAAGCUUGCAGAGUGCAUUUGUUCUAGGGAGUCAUCAGCACUGCCUCUUCUGUUUCCCUGUGGAACCCUCAAAAGAGAAAUCCUGCUGAAAAUGCUUAAGGACAAAGGGAUUCCCGUGGAGAGCUUAACCGUCUACCAGACGAUCCCACACCCAGGAAUCCAGGGAAACCUCAACAGCUACUAUUCCCAGCAGGGCAUUCCAGCCAGCAUCACGUUUUUCAUUCCCUCUGGCCUGACACACAGUCUCAAGCAUAUUCAAGAGUUAUCUGGUGACAACAUUGACCAGAUUAAGGUGCGGCUCACAGCACCCCUGGGGGGUCAGGACUGUCUCAGUUGUAUAGACACUGCCGGCCCCUCCCUCCACCCUGACUGGCACGCUCACUCCGGUCGGUGCCCAGGGACGGAGCACGGGCAUCAGCAUUGGGCUGUCCGGGGCACUGCUCCGGGACACUGUCUGCAGCCUGGGUCCAGCCCUGCAGGCAGGCUCCGUUGGCCCGGCCAGGCCCGUGGUGGUGAGUCCGAGAGCGGAGCUCUCCAGACGCCCUCUCUCCUGUGA